CCUUCCUCCUCCAACCCAACAUCAAAAACAACCACAUUUACAGCAUUUCUCAUUCCCAUUUGAAAACUUAAAAUCCAACAGCAAAGAAAACAAAAAUGGAACAGUAUGCACCAGAGGUUGCAAAGAAAGUAUGGAACAUGGUACGUGCAAUGCUCUACAUGAUCAAGAAAAACAUAUCCAAAAGAACACUACUGCUCGAUCUCAACAUGAUGAUGAAACGCAGCAAGAUCGCCAGAAAAGCCUUAAAAAACCGAAUGCACCAUCACCACUCUCCCAAUUUUCCCGAACACUACGAGUUCAGCUGCAGCAACACCCCCGUCUACCCGCUCUCUCUCUUCACCACCCACAAAAAACACCAUAAUCAACACAAAAAGACCGCACACAACAAGUCCACCAUAGUUAACAACGAGCAUGAUCAUAUAUUCGUUGACCCUGCAGUGAUAAAGGCACUCGAGAUGAUGUUGACUAGCGCUGCUGCGUCUCCGGUGGUUCCCGGGUUUGGGAAAAGUCCAAUGGUUAGGCAGUUAAGGGUGACGGACUCGCCGUUUCCGUUAAGUAACGGGGAGGAGGAUAGCCAUGUGGAUGAGGCUGCUGAGAAGUUUAUAAUGAAGUUUUAUAACGAACUGAGAAGGCAAAGUUAAAUUCUGGGUGUGAAAUGUAAAUGUUGGAAUGAUCAGGGGUUGUUAUGAACAAUAUAUCUUGUGCUGUGUUGGGUUUGUAGAUUGCAGCCAGUGUAUUUGUUUGUAAGCUUCCCUGAUAAUUGUGUGCACUAAUGAUAUAUUUUAGUUGAUGUCUUUUUAUUUGAGAUAUAUAAAAGAAUAAUAUAUGCUUAUGUAA